AUGGAGUUGUUGCGGAUGACGGUUUUGGGCUCUGUAAUGUUGCUCUCGUGGAGUCUACCCGUCGCUGAGGAGCGGCGGCCGAGGCCCGAGGAUGUGGAGCUGGCUGAGGACUACCUGAGGAGGUUUUACAGUCUGAAGCUCAGAGGCAGAAAUCAGCGAGAGAUCAGGUCUGCUCCAGCCACGGAGGACAAGAUCAGAGAAAUGCAAAACUUCUUUGGCCUUAAAGAAACAGGACUCUUGGAUUCUGACACUCUGAAAGUGAUGAAGAAACCACGCUGUGGUGUUCCAGAUGUGGACAACUUCAGCUUUUAUCCCACCAGGCCGAAAUGGAAGAAGAACACCAUCACGUACAUGAUUUCCAGAUUUACUCCUGACAUGAAGAAAGAGGAUGUGGAGAAGUCGUUUCGUUUAGCCCUGAAAAUGUGGAGUGACGCAACUCCACUGAAGUUCAUCAAAGUCAAUCAAGGCCCAGCUGACAUCGUCUUCACCUUUGCCCGCGGAAUGCAUGGGGAUUUCUUUCCUUUCGAUGGACCCGGGGGGGUGCUGGCUCACGCCUUUCAGCCAGGAGAGGGGAUCGGUGGAGACGUGCACUUUGAUGAUGAUGAAACUUGGACAGCAGCAAAGCAAGGUUACAACCUGUUCGCUGUUGCGGCUCAUGAGCUCGGCCACUCACUCGGCCUGACUCACUCACAAGACCCCUCGUCCAUCAUGUACCCCACGUACAGACACCACAGCAGCACGCAGUACUCUCUCUCAGCAGAUGACGAGCAGGGGAUCCAGACACUGUACGGCAAGCUCAACAAACAACAGGAAAUCAAGCCCUCCUCAGAAAAAUGCAGCCCCAACUUUUCCUUUGAUGCAGCGGCAAUAAUUGAAAAGGAGAUCGUUUUCUUUCGGAACAAACGCAUGUGGAGGAGAACAACAAAGUCGACGUAUUGGAACCGGCUGCGGGACGGGAUGAUCAGCACAUACUUCCCGAGCAUCGGCGCUCACGUGGACGCAGCGUACGACAUCCCCGCCAAAGGCGUGGCGUACAUAUUCGUCGGUCGUAAGUACUGGGUGGUUCAGCAGCUUAAGGCGAAAAGUCGCGGCGGCUCCAUCCACGAGUACGGCCUCCCCUCCAGCGUGCGACAGGUCGACGCUGCCGUGCACGUCAGUGAAUAUGGGAAAACUAUGUUCUUCGUAGGAGAGUUUUAUUACAGGUACGACGAACAGAAGAAAGAGAUGGACCCCGGCUUCCCCAGGGUCAUUGAAAGAGACUGGCUCGGAAUCCCCAGGACGGUCGACGCCGCGUUCAAGUUGCACGGGAGCAUCUUCCUGCUCAGUGGGGCCCAUUCCUACCAGUACGACUUCAGACAGAAGCGGGUGGUGAAAGUGAUCUCAGGAAAUAACUGGCUGGGAUGCUGA